GGCCACCCGCGGAGUAAAGCUCGGCGGAGGCCGGCCGCUGGGCGUUCCGCCUCCGCUAGGCCAUGGAGCAGCGUCGCGCCUCCGCCCGCUUACGGGUCUUGCUGCGACACCUCGGCGGCCGCUCGGCCGGGGCCGUCAUAGCUCAUCCCACUUCAGGGGUUGUUUCUCCUGCCAGGAUCCAUCCUCAACAAUUCCAGUAUACUCGGGAUAAUACUGUUCUAAGCCUAGAACAGAGAAAAUUUUAUGAAGAAAAUGGAUUUCUUGUCAUUAAAAAUGUGGUGUCUGAUGCUGAUAUUCAACGCUUUAGGGAUGAGUUUGAAAGAAUCUGCAGAAAUGAAGUGAAACCACUGGGAUUGAUGCUGAUGAGAGAUGUGAGCAUUGCAAAAUCAGAGCGUGUGCCAAGCGAGAAAAUGAUUACCAAGGUCCAAGAUUUCCAAGAAGAUGGGGAACUCUUCAGAUACUGCACCCUCCCUGAGGUUCUGAAAUAUGUGGAGUGCUUCACUGGACCCAAUAUUAUGGCCAUGCAUACAAUGCUGAUAAACAAGCCUCCAGAUUCUGGCAAGAAGACGUCCCGUCACCCCUUGCACCAGGAUCUGCACUAUUUCCCCUUCAGGCCCAGCAACAGCAUCGUUUGUGCCUGGACAGCCAUGGAGCACAUCGACCGGAACAACGGCUGCCUGGUUGUGCUCCCGGGGACACACAAAGGCCCCUUGAAACCACACGAUUAUCCCCAGUGGGAGGGAGGGGUUAACAUCAUGUUCCAUGGAAUCCAGGACUAUGACAAAAAUGACGCCCGGGUGCACCUCCUGAUGGAGAAGGGAGACACCGUGUUCUUUCAUCCUUUGCUCAUCCACGGAUCUGGUCGGAACAAAAGUCAAGGAUUCCGGAAGGCAAUUUCUUGCCAUUUCGCAGAUGCCAACUGCCACUACAUCGAUGUGAAGGGCACCAGUCAAGAAAACAUUGAAAAGGAAAUUUUAGGGAUGGCCAGUAAAAUCCGUCAAGUGAAAGACAUCAGCCUGAAGGAUAUUUGGAAAUUUCGAGCGCGUGUUGUGAAAGGAGAAAGAAUCAACCUUUGAAGUAGCCCUUUGCUCGAACUCUUUUCAAGUAAACCAAGAUGGAACAAGGUGUCAGAGGAAAACAUUUUCACAAUGAGAUGAUAGACUCUUUUCUAUUCACUUGUUAACAAAAUCAAACUGCACAGAUCUGGUACUUAACUGCAUACGGGUAAUUUUGCAGUAUGGUGGGGUGGCUUUAAAGGAUGUAAAAACAGUAAAAGUGAAAUAUUACUGUUUUAAGGAAAACUUGGAGUUGCAACUAAUAAAGGUGAUGCAUAAUUGAAGUGUGUUAGAUCAGUUUCAUUCAAUUAGCUCUUUACCCAAGCAGAGAUUAAUGCUUUGAAACGCAAAACCAACUACCUCCCAA